AUGACCACUAGCAAGUUUAAAAAACAAGUUCCCCGCCUCUUACUCAGAUUGCGCCGGCGCGGGGAUGUCAGUGCGGCCCGGGUACCCCGAGAGCUCCCGGACACAAAGCGGAGGGCAGCCGGCACAGGAAGGGUCGCUAGCCCAGAGCUGUCCUCAAGCGCCCACAUGCUGCGAGCAGACCGCCGCCGCCCCUGGCUGCCCCCGGGACAGGUGGCCCGCACGCCCCCAGCCCUGCUGCUGCAGCUGUUACUACUGCUCCUCUGUUGUGCGGGCGCCCCCCAAGGUGCUCCAGUAUUACUUCAAGGAUUACAACCUGAACAAGAACUACAGCUAUGGAGUGAGUUAGAGGAUGCGUGUUCAUCAUUCCCGUCCAGUGAUCCCCAGCCUCAGGCAUCCAAUGCAUUGGAGGAACUUUGCUUUGCAAUUAUGGGGACACCACGGAAAUCACAGGAUGUAGAUGAAAAAGAUAAUGCCAAAAGGGUAAGGUUACUUCCAUAA